AUGGCUUCUUCCUCCGAUUACAACGCUGCGGACUUGACCUCCGUCCUCCGAACGCUAUCCGCGCUAUCAACCCCUGCUCUUCCCCCGCAAGACCCGCCUCAACCAGCCCAUCCCGACCAUGAUGCAUACGAACCGACCGACGCGCUACCCCCAACUCCCGUACAAGCACCAACACCGUCGGAGUCCUCUGCGAAUCGCUCCGGCCCAGAUCCCACAUCUCAACCACCACGGCCUCGAGCCACUGGUAACCCGGCCGCUACGCUUGGGGACACAUCGUCCAUCACUACCUGGCCGCCUGCAUUGCGACAUGUGAUGCGCGCGGUGUCGCAGAGCGAAGACCUCCUUCACCGAAUCCGCUGGCUGAUCCAACGGCAACACGACCACGAGAAGCAAUGGUGGCAGGGACGAGAGGCCCUGCUAAAGAAACAGAGGGCCCGCGUCGACAAGAAGAAGCAAUUGGAUGACGUCUUAACCGCAUUCCAUGCGGAGAAGUCAGCGCAGCCAACUAACUUAGUCGCAAAUCAGACCGUCGAGGAAGACGAGGCGGAGUUGAAAAGAUACGACGUCAAAGUCUACCGAGCAUCGAAGCAAAUGGCCGAAGCAAUGACUGGUGAACUGCGUGGCCUGCAAAUCCCUUUCUUCAGUAUCAAAUCAGCUCUGAUCGACUCCUCUUCGAACACUAACCCUACUCCAUCAUCGGGCGGCCUUCUCCCGCGAGAGGAAUUAUCUUCGCUGCAGCGUCGUAUGCUAGAGCUGCUUCAGGAUCUUUGCAAGGAGUAA